AGGAGGGGAGCUUUUCAUUGGAACUUCCUGCUAUAUAUAGUGGAUUCUUCAAACUUCUUGACCCGACUUGAAUCACUCUAAAAGGCAUCCACGGUCAUGCAAAGCCAUGAUUUUCCUUUCAAAGAAGCCAUAGGAGCAGAUUUGCAUUCAGUGGAAACUUUGGCCAAUGUUGAUAUUGAAGAACCCAGUUGGUGGGUAUGGGUCACACAUGACAUGGUUCCUGGUAAUACAGAAGAGUGUAGUGGAAUUGAUAACGAGAGUUAUGUGAUUAUUACCGAGGAGCUACUGGUUAAUGGGGUUGCCAACUUCAUGGUUAGGUCCAUUCUUGCAAACCCAAAAUCUAAGAGCUUAACACCAGAGGAACUGCGGAAAAGUGCAUUUUGUUUCUCAAGUUGGGUCCUAAGGGUGAGAAGGAGACAAUGUUGUGGGUACCACAUGCCUUUAACCAUUUGUGUGUCAAUGAUCUGAUUCUUAUAUAUUCAUGUGAUGGAUUUAUGUUGAUUAUGUAUUUUUUGGCCUCUCAUUUGGUUAUUCUUUAAAAGAUUCUGUUUUUUCCUUCAUGCUUAGUAUUUGUUUUGUGCCAUACAUUUUCCAUGGUAAGGUUUGGCAUUUAACGUACAUGAAAAGUAGACACAUAUUUGCAAUCAUACUUGGUGAUGGGGAUUUCUUUAACAUUUUGAUUUUUUAUCAAUUUUAUUUUGGUGGAUAUAGCUGGAACUUUUCUCACAUGGUCAUGAUUACCUCAUUCCACUUAAUUUUGUGUGGUAUGCCUUCCUUAAUUGAACCAACGGUCAUCAGUUUGGUUGGUUUAUCUGACUAUCAUGAUUGUUUGAAACUCCUGGCUUUAUCCAGUGGAGAGGAAUUUGGAUUGUGGUUAUGUUCAAGUUUGGUUUAUGUGUUUAUAAGAUUGGCAGUAAUGGUUUUUAAACUUCGAGAACUUGCAGCUGUGACAAAAGCCUUGGGCGACAUGAGCAACUGGAGUAAAAUGAGGAAAGUAUGGCAUGCCAGCUAGCUCAUUUAUGCCCUCGCAAUGUGGGAAAUUACUUUGGCAGAGUGAGAUUCUACUACUUUUCUUA